AUGCCGGCUCUGCCAGCACUGCUGCUGUCGAUACACUGUGUCUCCUUCCUGCUAGUUACCAUGGCGCCUCGCUCCCUCAGCCUGGCCCCAGUGCUCUCCUCUGUCCGCAUGGCGGCCAUCCUGGACGACCAGUCGGUGUGCGGCCGCGGGGAGCGGCUGGCCCUGGCCCUGGCCAGGGAGAACAUCAACAGCGUGAUGGAGGGCCCGUCGCGCGCCCGCGUGGAGGUGGACAUCUACGAGCUGCAGAAGGACUCCCAGUAUGACACCACCGACACCAUGUGUCAGAUCCUACCCAAGGGUGUCGUCUCGGUUAUAGGUCCCGCCUCCAGCCCCGCCUCCGGCUCGACUGUCAGUCACAUAUGUGGGGAGAAGGAGAUCCCUCAUGUAAAGAUCGGUCCAGAGGAGACCCCUCGCUUGCCGUACCUGCGCUUUGCGUCCGUUACGCUGUACCCCAGCAACGAGGACCUGAGCCUGGCUGUCGGGGCCAUCCUGCGCUCCUUCAGCUACCCCUCUGCCAGCCUGGUGUGUGCCAAGGCCGAGUGCUUGCUACGAUUGGAGGAACUGGUGCGACGCUUCCUGAUCUCCAGGGAGACGCUGUCGGUCAGAAUGCUGGACGAUAACCUGGACCCCACCCCCCUGCUGAAGGAGAUCCGAGACGACAAAGUGGCCACCAUCAUCAUAGACGCCAACGCCUCUGUCUCCUAUCUCAUCCUCAAGAAGGCGUCAGAGUUGGGGAUGACGUCUGCAUUUUACAAGUACAUCCUCACCACGAUGGACUUCCCUCUCCUGAGGCUGGACGACAUUGUGGACGAGCAGUCCAACAUCGUGGGCUUCUCCAUGUUCAACACCACCCACCCCUUCUACCUGGAGUUCAUCAGGAGCCUCAACCUGUCCUGGAGGGAGGGCUGUGACCUCACCUACCCCGGGCCCGCGCUCUCGUCUGCGCUGAUGUUCGACGCGGUGCACGUGGUGGUGGGCGCCGUGCGCGAACUCAACCGCAGCCAGGAGAUCGGCGUGAAGCCGCUGAGCUGCGCUUCGCCACAGAUCUGGCAGCACGGCACCAGCCUCAUGAACUACCUGCGCAUGGUGGAGUAUGACGGUCUGACAGGCCGCGUGGAGUUCAACAGUAAAGGUCAAAGGACCAACUACACCCUGAGGAUCCUGGAGAAGCACCGCGGGGGCCACAGAGAGAUCGGUGUGUGGUUCUCCAACAACACCUUGGCCAUGAACUCCACCAGCCUGGACAUCAACGUGUCGGAGACGCUGGCCAACAAGACGCUCAUCGUCACCACCAUACUGGAGAACCCGUACGUGAUGCGCAAGGGCCACGACCAGUACGAGGGCUUCUGCGUGGACAUGCUCCGGGAGCUGGCCGACAUCCUGAAGUUCUCCUUCAGGAUCAAGCUGGUGGACGACGGGCUGUACGGGGCCCCCGAGCCCAACGGCUCCUGGACCGGGAUGGUGGGGGAGCUGAUUAACCGAAAAGCGGACCUGGCGGUGGCUAGCUUCACUAUCACCUCGGAAAGAGAGAAGGUCAUCGACUUCUCCAAGCCCUUCAUGACCUUGGGAAUCAGCAUCCUGUACAGAGUUCAUCUGGGGAGGAAGCCAGGCUACUUCUCCUUCCUGGACCCCUUCUCUCCAGCUGUGUGGCUCUUCAUGCUACUGGCCUACCUGGCCGUCAGCUGCAUCCUCUUCCUGGCUGCAAGGCUGAGCCCCUACGAGUGGUACAACCCCCACCCGUGUCUCCGGGAGCGCAAGGACCUGCUGGAGAACCAGUACACCCUUGGGAACAGCUUGUGGUUCCCCAUCGGAGGCUUCAUGCAGCAGGGCUCCGAGAUCAUGCCGAGGGCCCUGUCUACCCGAUGUGUCAGCGGGGUGUGGUGGGCCUUCACCCUGAUCAUCAUCUCCUCCUACACCGCCAACCUGGCCGCCUUCCUGACCGUCCAGAGGAUGGAGGUGCCCAUCGGCUCGCCGGACGACCUGGCCGACCAGACCAACAUCGAGUACGGCACCAUCCACGGAGGGAGCACCAUGACCUUCUUCAUGAAUUCCCGGUACCAGACGUACCAGCGGAUGUGGAACUACAUGCACUCCAAGCAGCCCAGCGUGUUCGUGAAGAGCACGGAGGAGGGCAUCGCCCGCGUGGUCAACUCCAAGUACGCCUUCCUGAUGGAGAGCACCAUGAACGAGUACCAGCGCGGACGCAACUGCAACCUCACCCAGAUAGGAGGCCUGCUGGACACCAAGGGCUACGGCAUCGGCAUGCCGCUCGGCUCUCCGUUCAGAGAGGAGAUCACGAUGGGCAUCCUGCAGAUGCAGGAGAACAACCGCCUGGAGAUCCUGAAGAGGAGGUGGUGGGAGGGCGGCCAAUGUCCCAGGGAGGAGGACCACCGCGCAAAAGGCCUGGGCAUGGAGAACAUUGGCGGUAUCUUUGUGGUUCUCAUCUGCGGGCUGAUCAUCGCCGUGUUCGUGGCCAUCAUGGAGUUCGUGUGGUCCACGCGGCGGUCGGCCGAGACCGACGAGGUACGCCCCCACACCUGCCCUCCCUCUCUCCCCCUCCUUCCUUCCUCUUUUCCGUCGCUCCUCCCCCUCUCCCAGGUGUCUGUCUGUCAGGAGAUGCUCACCGAGUUUCGAAACGCCGUCUCCUGUAAGAAGAGUUCCCGCUCCCGCCGCCGCCGGCCCGCCUCCAGCUCCUCCGCCCUGCGCCACCCCGGCCGCGUCACCCUGGGGGCCCCCCGGCCCCUGCGCCUUGUCCGCGAGAUGCGCCUCAGCAACGGCAAGCUGUACAGCGGCGCCGGGACCCUGACGGGCGGAGCCGGGCCCUUGGUUGGCGGAGCCGGGGAAGGCGGAGGCGGAGCAGCGGAAGGGUCCGCGGCCGCAGACCUGGGCCCGGGGCCCCAGCGCAUCCUGGAGUUCCCUCUGGGGGCCAGCACCACCCCGCCUCCCCCGGCCCCCGCCGGCGUGACGGCGCUGGCCCCGCGCGGCUGCAGCCACGUGCGGAUCUGCCAGGAGUGCCGCCGGAUCCAGAACCUCCGCGGCGACACCGGCCUGGGGCCGUCCGCCUCCACGCGCAUCCCGCCCUCCUCGGCGCCCCUCCCCCGGCUACCGCCGCCCCCGCCCCCGUCCUCCUCCAACACAGACAGCGAGGGCGGGGGAGGGCCCAGCCCGAGGCGGCCGCAGACCCCCGGGCCCCUCCCACCUCCGCCGAGCAGCAAGGCCGCAGACUUCUUGGCCGAGCAGGACUGAGCCCGGGGAUGAUGGAGGUCACAGAGCAGCGCUGGGGGGUCAAAAGGAAAAGGGCUCUCUCGGAAGACAUGGCUCUCCCUCUCCACCCGCCAGCAACGUCAGGUCACAGAGAAGGUGGAGAGAAGGGGCCAUGAAGACUCAGAAACUAAGGGGAACCUGAAGGAGGUCAGCCCAUGGAAAGUGAGGGGAGCAUCAGAUGGAGUAAGAGACCUGUAGACUCCCAGGCGUACACCAAACAGUAUGGCCAUGAACGGCCAGCGCUUUCCUGCCUGGCGGUCGAGUUGUGCUCUUGAAGAUGGCUCCCUCUUCACCUGCCUGCUGUCUACACACACAAACACAAACGAUAUCCAAACAGGGACAGCAGUGUGAUGGAUCAGCGAGCGGCAGCACAUCAUCAUCACUGUGUCCGAGCUACUGUUCACUCUUGGCUCUCCUUUCCCUCCGUCUCGGUGUACUUCUCAGAGGUCAGGAGCUUGGUUUGGAUCCACAAAAAAAGACCUUUGUUUGCCUCUACACUGGCUGGAGAGGAGUCGGCCUUAGAGGACAGACUUUAUCCGUAUGUGAUCUUAUCAGAGCGUGACUUUCAGACAGACAAUAUUUCCUGUUGUUUUUCCUUUCUUUCUUGGAUGUCUUUCUUUGUUUGUUACCAUUAUUCCAAGUGGAAAUUAGAGAAAAAAAAAAUACAAUAAAAUACUAUUUGUGACACAUUUGUGGUGGAUUAGAACAUAAUGUGACCAUACCAUGCCUACCCUAAACGUUUUGUGUUCCUCCCCCUGCGUCCCACCCGGACGCCUCUCAAGUUGCUUAGAGAGUGUGGUUGAUGAAAUAAUUUCUCGUCCGGUCUGCAUUUGUAGUGAGUGAAUGGGACGCGUUCAUGUUGAACUGUGUAUGUUCAUUCUAAGUCGGUCAGUAAUUAACCAAAGGGAGGGCAGCUGUGUAUCCCAGGAUCGCAUCGUUUUAUCAAUGUGUGAUAAUCCAACAGU